GCGGCUCUCUGUGUGCCCGGGGAGGAAUCAUGGCGGCCGGCGGAGAAGGAAGCGGAGAGGCCGCGGCCUCCUGAGGGAAGGAAGGGAGCCAUGUACGCGGCGGCCUCGCCCUCGACGUCGCUGCCUCCGCCGCUCCCGCCGCCCCCUCGGCGGGACUUCACUGCGGUCACCCUCGGCGGGUACAACAACGGCAAGGCCUGGCGGAGGCGCUCCUGCUGGAGGAAAUGGAAGCAGCUGUCCCGGCUUCAGCGGAACGUGAUCCUCUUCUCCUUCGCCUUCCUGGCCGUUUGCGGAGUUAUUACUUAUGCCAACAUGGCUGAAUCCUGGAAAAGCAUGGCCAGCAGGUCUCUGGAAGAACCGAAAGCUGACCUGGAGAUCCCCGGGUUGAAUCCAGCAAAUCAGGCGAUCCUCCCCAUUCCCCAGAAAGCCGACGCCAAUCUUGGAGAGGUCUCCCUUCAAAAACCUCCGAAGCUGCUUCCUGGCCGACGAGGGCCCCCUAACCUCCAGAUCAGGCCGCCCCGCAGGGAGACGCGGGAGAAGGCACCCGAAGAGGUCCCCAGGGUUGAAGAGGAGCCUGCGCAGGCCGAGAGAGAGCACAAAACAGAGAAGUCGGUCAUCAGCUGGAGAGGAGCCGUGAUUGAGCCAGAUCAGGGCACAGAACUUCCUUCCAGUAAAAUAAAGGAACCAGACAAACCCUCCCCGAUGGAAGCCGAAGACCAAAAGGAGCCAGUGCCCUUCAAUGAGCGCCAGCUGGCCGUGAUCGAGGCCUUCCGCCACGCCUGGAAGGGCUACAAGGAGUUUGCCUGGGGCCAUGAUGAGCUCAAGCCCAUCUCAAAGUCCUUCAAUGAAUGGUUUGGCCUAGGACUCACCCUCAUCGAUGCCUUGGACACCAUGUGGAUCAUGGACUUAAAGGAAGAGUUUGCUGAGGCCCGGCAGUGGGUCGCCACAGAACUCCGGUUCGAUAAGAACGUGGAUGUCAACCUUUUCGAGAGUGCCAUCCGGAUCUUGGGUGGCUUGCUGAGCACUUAUCACCUUUCCGGCGACAGCCUCUUCCUGGAAAAAGCGAAAGACAUUGGGAGCAGGCUCAUGCCGGCCUUCAACACCCCGUCUAAGAUCCCCUUCUCGGACGUCAACAUUGGCCGGGGCACGGCCCAUCCGCCCCGCUGGACCUCGGACAGCACCGUGGCCGAAGUCACCAGCAUCCAGCUGGAGUUCCGGGAGCUCUCCCGCCUCACCGGGGAGGAGAAAUACCAGAAAGCCGUGGACGGGGUGAUGGAGCACGUGCACACUCUUGCCGGCAAGAACGACGGGCUGGUGCCCAUGUUCAUCAACACCAACACCGGGCAGUUCACCCACCUGGGGGUCUACACGCUGGGGGCUCGGGCGGACAGCUACUACGAGUACCUGCUCAAGCAGUGGAUCCAGGGAGGCAAGAAGGAGAAUGCGCUUUUGGAAGAUUACGUUAAAGGCAUCGAAGGGGUGAAAGCGCACCUUCUCCGGAAAUCCCAGCCCAAGAGACUGACUUUUGUCGGGGAGCUCGCCCACGGGCGCUUCAGUGCCAAAAUGGAUCACCUGGUCUGCUUCCUGCCCGGGGCCCUGGCGCUGGGCGCCCACAACGGCCUCCCUGCCGACCACAUGACCCUGGCGGCCGAGCUGGCGGAGACCUGCUACCAGAUGUACGCCCAGGUGGAGACCGGCCUCAGCCCGGAGAUUGUCCACUUCAACCUGCACGCCCAGAAGAACCGAAAGGACGUGGAGAUCAAGGCGGCCGACAGGCACAACCUCCUUCGCCCGGAGACAGUGGAGAGCCUUUUCUAUCUCUACCGAUUCACCGGCGACAAGAAGUACCAGGACUGGGGCUGGGAGAUCCUGCAGAGCUUCAACAGAUACACACGGGUCCCCACGGGCGGCUACACUUCCAUCAACAACGUCCAGAACCCGAGCAGCCCGGAGCCGAAGGACAAGAUGGAGAGCUUCUUCCUGGGGGAGACGCUCAAGUACUUCUUCCUGCUCUUCUCGGACGACGUGAACCUGAUCAACCUGGACAAGUUUGUCUUCAACACGGAGGCUCACCCGCUCCCCAUCUGGCCCUCGGCAUGAAGGAAUUGCGGAAGUUUCGGCCGCGGGUGCGCAACGGCACCGGCUCCCUUCUUGCCAAGUGAUGUGUUCGAAGGAAGGGAAGGUUUGGAUCGCGGAGGUGGCGUUCUCAGCCUGGCGUUGGGACACAAACUCUCUCUUCCUCAUGCACACAGUCACAACCGCACUUGUGUCUUACCUCCCUUUGGUGUUUCGGGAUGAAGAGAUUUUUGGAAAAACGCAGCGCUUAUGUUGACUCUGUGAAAUGGUCUGUCUUGACAAAUCCCUCUGGCAGCUUCCCGAAACAGUUAGGUCGGGUGAGGCUUUACUGCGGAGGUAAACGGGAUCUGGGCAGUGGCCGAUUCUCCUGUAUCAUUCCAAGCCCCAAGGCUGGUGCUCGUGGCCAAAUAGUGGCCUCGUGUUUUACCUUUCCAGCCGCAUUGUGUCCCUGGCGGCACCAGAUCCUCGGCAAAACACCAGAAGGGUAGAGGUGGCUGGUUUGGGUGGAGAGUGGAGCGCAGGCCAUGGGUGUGUCUGCUCUUGCUGUUUAACUUAAUCUGCAGAAAUGCAGGACGAUAAUGUGAAAUACGACAUUAGAGGGGAGGGAGGGGGAAAUGUCCACACAGGGAUUUAUAUACACAGAGAGAAAGAUAUAAUAUAAAUGAUGUUUUGGCUCAGGUAUUCCAGACUAAAGAGCUGCUUCCUUUGAGGCUGCAGGAGACUUGUGGGUCACCUCUAGAUCAGGAUUUGGGAGGGAAACCGUAUCCAAAGUGGGUUUCUUUGGAAAGCUUUGGCUCCUCCUGGCCUCUGAGCUGGAAAUGAUAAAUACACACAAAUGUCUAUACUAGACAAUGUCGAAGAGAUAAGCAAACACUAUAAAGGUUCAAAACUAUUUCUGUGGCCUUUACAUGUCACAUCUCUUUUUAUGUUUUCAACCUUUAUAGUGUUUGCUUAUCUCUUUGACUUUGAGCUGGAAAGGCACUUAAUUUUCACAGUGGGCUCUCGAAAUGACGGCCAAGAAAGCAAACCCAGGCAGCAGUUGAACUAAACAAGUUUGGGAGGGUUGUUGUAUGUUUUCCGGGCUGUGUGGCCAUGUUGCAGAAGUAUUAUUUCCUGACGUUUUGCACACAUCUUUGGCAGGCAUUCUCAGAAGUUGUGAGGAAAUUUGGGAGCCUUGGGAAGGGAACGAGCAUCCACGUCCGUGUUGUGCGGCUGUGUUUGUGUAGCCCUUGCUUACCAUCCCCGGGCCUUGCUUGUUUGCAAAGGGAUUUCAGAGGCUCUCUUCUGAGACGUCCCUCCACUCUUGGUUUGAUCCACUCGUUCUUUGCAGAGACAGUGGGCUUUGGGGUUCAUCUCUCCCUUCUCGUUCCUUUUUGUCUGUUCUGACGGGAUGGGCGAGCAAUUCCGCAAGAUUUCUCAGUCCAUCAAGACGAUAUUCCCAGAUCCAUAUCCUAUUGGCGGGACCUGAGCAACUGGAGCAGCGUCUUUAAAAGAACUUUGCAGUCGCUGGGUUGGGGACCAAAUUAGUAGAUUUUGGGGGGAAAGAAAAGCCGCUUGGGAAAAAGAGAAAGCUUUUCUGUGAAGAUUUGUUAGAAAAACAUUAAGUGCUCUGUGAGUCUUAUCAAAUCUUGAUUGGGUAAUAAUAAUAAUAAUAAUAAUAAUAAUAAUAAUAAUAAUAAUAUGGGUAUGCUGAACUAGCAAAGCGGGCAAGCAUUCAAGGUUGCCUCAGGCCCAGAAAGCAAGUUUUUCUGGCCACAAAGUUCCAGUCUUGCUUCUUUAACUGACCUGCCAAGUUGCAACCAUUGAUCCCGAGUCCCUUCGGGGAGAUGGGGCGGGGUAUAAAAAUAAAGUUAUUAUUAUUAUUAUUAUUAUUAUUAUUAUUACUUUGGCCUGAUGUUACAGAUUAUGGUUUUUGCUGCCCACAGCAAAAUGGUGAUCCCUCUUUGCUGAAUCUGAUUGUCUUCCAAGGGCAGAGACUUAGGAGACCUGGAUUCACUAUGAUGGUGUUUCCAGAUGGAAAAGUUUGCUUGAGGCGCCUUCUUCACUCUGUUUGUGCCUCCUCCAAAUCCACAGCACUGUUGGUCACAGCUGAGCCCGCAGCACUAUCCAAAUAGCAAAAGGGUCCUUUUCGGUCCCAUCUAGAAUCAAUAUUCCAAGCAUUUUAGACCAAGUCUUUGUUAGCUGGGCUGGGCCCUAAGGUGCCAACUGAGCAGAGAUCCUGGCACGUGCGGGGAACAGCUCCUGGAAUUUAAAAGCCAUACCCUACGAAGGCGGUGGGCCCACCUUCACCUCCGGGACCCUUUGAACGAACCGGUGCCUUCUCUGUAAAGCAGGGAUCGUGAAGGCAAAGGCUUCUGCUUUGGAAGCAGGACUGCGGAGGCGCAUGACAGAGGCUGAAGCAUCUCUCGAACUGGGGACCCAGAGGCCCAAAGCCACUGAACCAGCCUCCUGUUCCCUUUGAGAACCACUCUUCCGUUUUCCUUGCAAAGGCCAAAGCUUGGCCUUCACUAUCUGAAGCUCCGUCCUUUGGCUCAAUUGCCCUUUGCCUCCUUGUUUUGCAUUUCCAAGGCCGGAGGUGUCUGUGUGCAAUCCGCAAUGUGUCAUGCAGCUGUAAACACGGCUCCUUCCUCUGCCAGUGUUAAGUUUUCUAUGUUUAACAUCCACAUCCCCUUGUGCUGUCAUGUUUAGCCAUGAUGACAGUGGAGCCGUGCCCUCUCCCAAAACCCCUUUCCCCGCAGAGCUGCUUUAGAAGUGUCUGGGUCCCUUCCUUCCCCUAUUGAAGCCUUACGGGCAUGUUCACUGGUCUGCCGUACUUGUUCAGUAGGAGAAUCCCUUACAACUCUGCGAGAAACUGUACAUGAACCUUUUUGAAGAGGCAAAAUACCCCUUUGAAAAAACAGAUCCAAAUCCCUCUUGUGUUAGAAACCAGUCUGCAGAGUUCUAUUCCUCUGAAUAAAUGGUAAUUUAUUUUGA